AUGGCGAGUUAAACCGGCCUGUACUCCCUCCUGUUCGCAUUCGUUUACCUGCAGCUCUGGCUCAUUUUGCACUACGGACACAAGCGCUUCAGCUACCAGAGUGUGUUUUUGUUCCUGUGCUUGCUGUGGGCCGCGCUGAGGACGACACUCUUCUCCUUCUACUUUAAAAAUGUGGUGCAGGCCAACCGGCUGCAGCCUCUGGCCUACUGGCUGCUCUACUGCUGCCCCGUCUGUCUGCAGUUCUUCACACUCUGCCUACUGAACCUCUACUUCACACAGGUGAUGUUUAAGGCUAAAGCAAAGUAUUCCCCGGAGCUCACAAAAUACAAGGUGACUCUGCGUUUGUUCUUCCUGUGUCUCGGUGUAUUUUUCCUGGUGGUGAAUCUGACUUGCGCGCUGUUGGUGCAAGAAGCUCUGCAGCGCUCCGAACCUCCGAGCGACGGGGGUAUCCAGCACGCGGUUCUGGCCCGGGUCUUGAUCAACGACAGUCUGUUUGUCCUGUGCGCCGUCUCUCUGGCGGUCUGCGUCUUCAAGAUCGCCAAGAUGUCCUCUGCCAACGUUUACCUCGAGUCCAAGGGUACGUCGGUGUGCCAAGCUACGGCCAUAGGAUCUAUGGUGAUCCUGCUCUACACAUCCAGAGCCUGUUACAACCUGGUGGCAGUGGCCCUGUCGCCGCAGGACAGACCCAGUCCCUUCAACUACGGCUGGUAUAGCGUUUCCGAUCAGGCCGAAGUGCAGGAGAUCAGCGGCGAAGCCUACGUGGCGUUUGGGAUCAUUCUGUUCUUCUGGGAGCUGCUACCUACAAGUUUAGUGGUGGUUUUCUUCAGAGUCCAGAGACCAAAUCAAAACCUGGCUCCAGGAGGGAUGAUCAACAGCCACAGUUUCAGCUCUAGAGCGUAUUUCUUUGACAACCCUCGACGGUACGACAGCGAUGACGACCUCUCCAGAAGCAUUAACAGCAGGGCCGAUCGCGCCAGCUUCCUCGCCACCACUCCCCAGCUGGCCACGUCUAGUUGGUACGGCUCCAUUCAGCGCAACGGAACUUUGGCGGCGGGCCUUUCUCCCACCCUGCAACCGCCGUCUUCCACGGCCCCCCUCCUCUUCGCCUACGGCAACAUCCAGAGUCACCAUCACAACUACUACUCCACCCCACAGAACAACAACAACCACCACCACCAACACCGCCAUCACAGUAACUACUUCUCCACGCCGCAGAGUUAUUACUGCGGCUCGCAAACGUAUUUCUGCACCCCACAGAAUUGAGCAGCGUCCGUCCGGAGAGAUUGAAAGAAACUUGACUAACAACUAACAAGUUCCUGCCUUUUUUUGUCACCAUUUUGCUUCCCCCCCCGGAUGCAUCAAAGCAGGUAAUCUUGAGUAAUAUUCUGAGGCAUUGCUCCAAAUCGCCAUAUUACUCUAGAGAAGAGGCUUGCAUCUCUUAAGACAUCACCGUCUUUAAAUGGCACGUAUGGACCAGAAAGAGAGCAGGCGCAGGCCGCGGACCGGAGGUUUAGCACUAAUGUGGCUGCUGCACCCAAAACCGCAAAGACCAAACUUAAUGUUUCAACAUUCAAGUCUGUUAUCAUUUGUAAGGCUGGAAUCGUCAGGGAGUAGAUGCAUAUCCUUUUCUUGUAAAUGUCAUCCAAUUGUGCUUCUGUGGAACAAACCGUUCUGCUCAACGGGGCUAAUUCCAAAAGCUCCGGACACGGAGACGUCCUGUUCACUCGGCUUUGGCAAGCAAAUCUACAAUGGUUGUUCUUAUGGCUGAAUAGGAAUAACUAAGGACGCCGGCUCUUUAGGACUGAUUCGCCAUUAGCUUUCGUAGCAGUGGGAGUUGGCCAGCGCUAGCGGUUAGCUUUAACUCAUAAUCUGUUUCAACCAAGAAAAUUCUUGGCAAAACUGAAAUACGAAAGGCAAACCCGAACGUCCAUCUAUCAGAACAUUAUUAGCUUGUUGGUGGCAACUUUAUUUAGUUUUCAACUAUUUAUUUUUGGAGCCACAGAAAUAGAAAAGCUGUAUAAAUGGUGUUAGCGAGCUUGAGACUUUAGCCCGACGACUCGCUACUGGAUUUGUGUUUUGUUUAGAUAUGUAAAAUAUUAACAACUGUCAGCAAAAUAACGUCGAGCUUAUUUUCAGGGUUCACAAAUAUCACAAGAUUAUUCCUGAAAAUGCGUGUACUUCGUCAAGCUAAAUAGCACACAGUCAAUGUGUGAAAAAUGCAAUCUCUAACAAAUGCAUUAAUAUGGCGGAAGCGUGUCCACAGAUUACUUCAACAACCUUUUCAGGCUUUAACAAAAUCUGCUGAUUCACAGUAACAGGACUAUUGUAGGAAUAUACUGAACUGCAGCCAAAUCCAGGUUUACUUGCCCAUAAUGAUACAUUGGAAACUGUGAAGAACCUGAGACAGGGAAUGUCAUACAAUCAAGGGUUCUGAAUGUUUGAUCAGUAUUCCACAUUUAAGUAGAAAUCAACCCUGGGGUUGUUCAUUAACAGGGUGGAAACGUUGCCAAAACAGAAGUUUGACCAAAAACCUGUCAUUUAGUUUGAUCCUUCUAGUGAGUUGUACGGCAAAACUUUGCACUUCGAAGUGAACCUUUAGAGAGAAAGGCGUUGGACCUGAAUGUAGGAUUCUGUCUCCUAAUUCUUUUAUGAAUUUUCUUCAAUCAUCGCUUCUGUUCUAUAUUUUACUAUUUAUCCUUUGAGAAAGGAGAUAUCAAUGUGCCAUCACAUUUUUUCAUAUCUUAUACUUUCAUUCCUGAAGAAAAAUCUUUGCACAAGAAACGGUUGCCGUUUUUUAAUUGUUUGUGUGUCAACUUAAUCCAUUUCUAAUCCAUGUGUGUUUUUGAGUGCAUGUCUGUGUGUAGAUUUUAGGUUUGGAACUUAGCCUUUUAUUUGAUCAAUAAUAUAAUUCACACAUUUUCUCAAUCUGACCGAUUAAAGCCUGAAAUAAUAUUUCACUUUCAUACAUGUACCCAGUUCUCAGACCUGAAUCAGUGUACACAUCUGUGCAGUCAGGACUGAAUGAAUAGAUACUGGCCAACACCACGACAUGUAAGCCAAAUUCAGAUGUCUUGAAUCUCAAUCUGUAAAUGACCACCUUAACACUGUAUUCAAGCAAGAAGAAAUGAAAAGGCAUUGCAUGUAUCAACCAGGGUCACGGGACGCUGAAAUGCAGCCAUGGAACCGCAGUUCCAUGUACAGCUGUUCCUCUUUCAGGAAAACCCACAUCUGCAGUGCAUCAGAGUGCAGGAACUCAUGUCAUACUUUCCUUACAUGGUGACAUCAUUUGUUUAACAACGUUGUGCCAUUGUUUUUAUUUUUUAUGUUAUAGAUUCAUUUAUCCGUGGCCAUACUGAAUGUAACCUAUUGUGUGACAGAUCACUAACUAUGUACGCAAGAAAAGCACUACCAUGUUUAAAUAAAGCCCUACUGCACUGUUUUUAAGACAAA